AUGACAUCCAUGAUGAUCGAUGAUCCGAAUGUUAAUGAUGAAUUACCGAAUUCAUCUAAAGUAGUUAAAUUUUCUAAUUUAUGUAAUUUACUUGAAAGAAUAUCAAAAAGUCAAGGUGCUAUUGCUAAACAAAAACUAAUGACAAAAUUUAUAAGUGAUUGGCGUAAGACACAUAAAGAAGUUCAUGCGAAUGAUUUACCAACUUCAACGACGACAACAACAACAACAACAACUACUACUACUGAAGGACAAACAACAACAAGUGGUAGUCUUAGUGGAACAUCACCGACAAUUAUGCAAGAUUCAUUUUAUCCAAUAUUACGUCUUCUUUUACCACAAUCAGAUCGUGAACGUAUUGCAUAUGGUUUAAAAGAAAGUAAACUUGGUAAACAUCUUGUUGAAGUACUUAGUAUUUCAAAAGAUAGUGAUGAUGGAAAAAAAUUACUUAAUUUUCGUGUACAAAAAAAUACACGUACACAAAAAGGAAGUGAUUUUGCUGAAGUAGCUUAUUAUGUACUUAAAAAUCGUUGUAAUGAAGAUGUUACAAUGAGCAUUUGGGAAAUAAAUAAAAUUUUGGAUGAAAUUGCCGUAGAAAAUGGAAAAGGAAAAGAAGGUCAAAAGAUUAUCGAUCAUCGUCUUACGUACUUGCUUCGUCAUCUCAGUGCACUUGAAUUAAAAUGGCUCAUUCGCAUAUUAUUAAAAGAUUUACGUAUAUCAUUAAAAGAAAACUCUAUUCUUGAAUGUUUUCAUCCAGAUGCAAAAGAUUUAUUUGAUCAUACAAGUAAUUUAUUUAAAGUAGCUAUUUAUUUACAUGAUCCAGAAAAACGUUUACAUGAAAUUGGUCUUAGUUUAUUUUCACCAUUUCGACCUAUGCUUGGUGAAAGAACACGAGCUGAUAAAAUUGAACAAUUAAUUCGUAAAAAAUCUACUAAUCCAACAGCAGCUUUAGCUGAAUUUUAUAUUGAAACAAAAUAUGAUGGUGAUCGUUUUCAAUUACAUCGUGAUAAAGAUCAAUUUAUGUAUUUUUCACGUAAUGGUCAUGAUUAUACAAGUGUAUUUGGUCCUGAUGCUAAUAAUAUUGGUACAUUAACACCUUAUAUUGCAAAUACAUUUAAAAUUGAUUGUGAAAAAUGUAUUAUUGAUGGUGAAAUGGUUAUUUAUAAUCGUAAUGAAAAGAUUAUACAUUCGAAAGGUGAUAGUUUUGAUGUUAAAUCAAUUCAAGCAAAUGAUUCCCAAUUACAACCAUGUCUUAUUGUAUUUGAUAUAUUAAUGUAUAAUGAUGAAAUUUUAACAAAUAAACCAAUGAAUGACCGUUUACAAUAUUUACAUAAAAAAAUUCUUGAACCUAUUGAAGGACGAAUUAUUUUUUCAGCUAUUAAACCGGGUACAAGUAAUCAAGAUGUUAUUAACGAAUUAAAUUUAGCUAUUGAAGAACGACAAGAAGGUAUUGUUGUUAAAGAUCCAUGGUCAGUUUAUAAACCAAAUGUUCGAGAAAAUGGUGGAUGGUAUAAAAUUAAACCAGAUUAUACUAUUGGUCUUAAUGAUGAAAUCGAUUGUUUGAUAGUUGGUGGUUAUUUUGGUACAGGUCGUUUACGUGCUGGUAUGCUUUCUCAUUUUCUUUGUUGUGCUGUUGUUAAACAAGCAAAUACAGCAAAUAAUUCUGAACAAAAAAAUCCUGAUGAUGAAAAUGCUACAACAUCAACACAAUGUAAACCUGAUGUACGUGAUUAUCUUUAUUAUACAUUUUGUAAAAUUGGUUCCGGUUAUACACAUAAAGAAUUACUUGAUUUUAAUAAUCGUUUUGCUAAUAAAUGGAAACCAUGGACAAAAAAAACUGCACCAUCAUAUAUAUUAUGUACACAUGAAAAACCUGAUGUAUGGAUUGAACCAAGUGAUUCAUGUAUUGUACAAGUUAAAGCAACUGAAUUUAUGGCAUCAGAUAAAUAUAAAUGUGGUUUUACAUUACGUUUUCCACGUUUAGAAAAAUUUCGUGAAGAUAAAGCUUGGUAUGAAUGUGUUACAUAUCAAGAAUUAAUUGAUUUACGUGAAAGAAAUGCUGGUAAAUUAGCAUCACGUUUUAUGGAACAUGAAUUAAAUGAUGAUUUUGAUUUAAAUGAUGAUGGACAACGUACAAUAACAUUAACAAAAAAAUUACAACAAAAAUCUCGACAAAUAGCUAAACCAACUGUUGAUUCACGUUUUCGUGGUAUCGAUCAACAAUCAGUUAAACAAACUGGAGAUUUUUUUUCAACAUUGGAAUUUUGUAUUAUGGAAGGAAAUACAAAAUAUACAAAAGCUGAACUUGAAAAACUUGUUUAUGAAAAUGGUGGAACUUGUGUUCAAAAUGCAUUAUCAAAAACUUAUUGUGUUGUUACAGAUAAUCCCAAUAGUAUUCGCCUUCGUACAUUAAUUAAAAAUAAACAAAUUGAUAUCGUACAUAUAGUAUGGUUAAUACGUUGUAUUGAACAAAAAAAUUUAUUACCAUAUUAUUUAUCAGAUUUAAUAUCAUGUACAGAUAAAACUCGUCAAGCUCUCAAUUUACUUUAUGAUGAAUAUGGUGAUGCAUAUUAUACAUCAACAAAUGAAAAUGAACUUCGAGAAAUUUUUAAUAAGAUGACAUCAACAUCAACAACAACAACAACAUCAACUCCAUCGUCACCAGUAUCAACACCAAUUAAAAACUUACCAACAAAUAAAAAGCGUCGUCUUAAUGAACCAAUUCCAUUAUCACAAUCAACAAUAAAUAUUGAUACAAUAUCAAAUCCAUUGGAUGAUAAUGAUAAACUUCGUUCAUUUAUAUCUGAAUUUGAAAAUGCUUAUUUUCCUGAUGAAUCAUAUGAUUAUGGUCUUUUUCGUUUAUUUUAUAUUUAUUUUGAUCAAUAUUGGACUAUAGGUGAUGAAUCAACACUAUUUAUUGAUCCAAAUCAUAGUUUAAUUAUAUUAGAAGGUCAAUUGCAUGGUGCACGUAUAGCACAUAAAUUAACAUCGGAUGUUACACAUGUUGUUUGCGCUAAACCAAAUGUUGAUGAUAAAAAAUUAAAUGAACGUAUAAAUUUAUUUAAAAAAAUCAAUCGUGAACGUGCAACUAAAUUUCAUUUAGUUAGUUAUGAAUGGAUAAAAAAUUGUAUUGAAAAUCAACGCCUUCUUAAAGAAUUACCGUACGCUCUGUAG